UAAUUGGUAAGAAAAUUUAAAAAAUUUAAUUCGAUAUAUAUUUUGUUGGUUGCCGACAUCCCUCCUUUUUCACGGGCCAAUCCAAUUCGAAAGUAUGGAUAAAUUACCGGGGACCAUGAGACGACGUCGUUCAUUGCUUCUCUCUUUGUUUUCGAUUGGGGACUGAAUGAAUCUGUGUCUGAAACUUUGAACCAAUUUGAUUGUUGCUAGGGUUUCCCUCUGCAAUGAAUUCACAAUCGCCGCCAUACUCUGGCGUAUUCCGCUCCACUUCCUCCGCCACUCGCUCUUCUUUCCACUCGCAACGUCCAUGGCGGGAGCUCGUCCAACCCUUCUCCUCCUUCACGCGCCCAUACGCGAUCGGCGAAGCUAUCCUCCGUAUCAAGCGAAACCUCAGCCACUUCCGCGUUAACUACACGCUCAUCGUCCUCCUCGUCCUCUUCCUCAGUCUCUUAUGGCAUCCGGUCUCUAUGAUCGUCUUCCUCAUCGUCUUCGCCGCCUGGUGCUACCUCUAUUUUCUCCGCGACGAACCUCUCGUCGUCCUCAAUCGCCAGGUCGACGACCGCGUCAUUCUGGCCUCUCUAGCACUCGUCACGAUCGUCGCUCUGGUGCUCACCGACGUGUGGCUGAACGUGUUGGUCUCACUCCUGGUUGGGGCCGCCAUCGUCUUUUUACACGCUACGUUUCGUGGCACGGAGGACUUGUAUUACGACGACGAGCGAGAGGCCGCAGAAGGAGGUCUCUUAUCUGUCGUGGGGAGUAUCCCCACGCGCGCUGGGUUCAGCCGCGUGUAACAUCAUCCCUCACGCGCCGAAAACACAAUAUCGCAUUACUUGAUUAGGCUUCGGGCAAAGAAAUCUGGUUAGAACAGCAUUGAUUUCUCCAGCCUUAAAAGUUCAAAUCGAUUUCAUUUUUCUUCUUUCGUGUUGGUUAUAGUUCAAAGUUGGUUAUAGUUUGCUUCUGAAAUGGUUUUCGUUUUUCAAAUUUUCAUUCCGUCGAUAUGGUUGUAAAUGUUAUAGCACGAAUCGACGUUAUAUAGGUUUUGUUUGUAGUUACUGCUUUGCCAUGCUAGCAAGAGGAGCCUGUUGACGGGGGAUUAGGCAAAAUUUGGGUAUUCUUGUUCUAAAGCUUUCACCUUGAUGAUUGUGGAAUUAUGGAAUUUACAAGUACAAAUGCGAUGAAAAUUGUAUUGUGAUUCUUUCAUAUAAAAAAGAGGAUUUUUAUGUCAAGAGUCUUCACCCAC